AUGGAUUUUCGAGAUCGCGAACAAACAGUUCUUACCUCAUUUGAUGAUGCUAGAAGUAUAACUUCAAUAAAAGCAUUGAGCUUUAGACCUUAUUCAUUUAUUACUGAAGAUACUUAUAAUCCAAUUACAGGUUGUUUAGACGGAAAAACAAGAGCCUGGUCCCUUCUAAAUGGUGAAAAACUUUGUGAAUUUUCAAGUCAUCAAUCGAGGAGUGUGUGUUCAAGACCUCAAAUAGUAUAUAGCCCCAAUUGGGGUGGUGUACCUGGUAAUGCUGCUGUCUUAGUUUAUUUAAAAUGUUUUGAAUUAUUGCGAUGA